CUGUGGAAAGUCGGGCGGUUUCGCGGCCACUUUCCAACGGCUGCUCGGAAAGGAGCCGGAGGGCGGCGGGGACUGGCCUCGGCGCCUGGACCCCCGCCGGGAGCCUCCGGGGCGGCGGAGCGCGGCGGGCAGCCAGGGUCAGUCCCGGGGCGGGCACGCCAAGCCCGAGGCAUCCCCGGCCCAGGAUGGCGGCGGCGCUGCUGGACCCGGCGCAGGGCUCUGUGACCUUUGAGGAUGUGGCUGUGACUUUCACCCAGGAGGAGUGGGGGCAGUUGGACCCAGCUCAGAGGACCUUGUACCAGGAGGUGAUGCUGGAAAACUGUGGACUCCUGGUCUCCCUGGGGUAUCCUAUUCCAAACCCUGAGCUGAUCUUCCAGCUGGAGCACGGACAGCAGCUAUGGACGGUGAUGAUAGACCUCUCCCAGAGCACCUGUCCAGGUGACAGUGGAAAACCUAAAGCCACCAAACCUACUACUUGUGAGCCAGCCUUGUCUGAGGGUGCCCCGCUCCAGGGACUGUUAACAAAAGGGGCCGCAGGGUGCUCCCAGCUGGUGGAAGCCAGGGAUCAGGACAGGCCAUGCGCAGUGCAGGAGGGACUCUUGAGACCAGGCAUAGAACUGCAGGAGAAGCUUCCUAGGACAGUUACCCCUGGACAUGGUGGUCUAGGGGCAGCUGAGGACCCAGGUUCAAGGAUUGUACAGGAUCCUGUCUGUCCAGGAGAUGCUGUACAUGGCUGUGACCCCCAGGUCACAGGUAAAGAUCCUACAAGUCAGGAGAAUGAAAACAUCUUCAAAUGCAACGAAUGUGGGAAAGUAUUUAACAAGAAACGCCUUCUUGCCCGACAUGAGAGGAUUCACUCUGGAGUGAAGCCCUAUGAGUGCACGGAGUGUGGGAAGACCUUCAGCAAGAGCACAUACCUCCUUCAACAUCACAUGGUCCACACUGGGGAGAAGCCCUAUAAAUGUAUGGAGUGUGGUAAAGCCUUCAACCGCAAAUCACACCUUACCCAGCACCAGCGCAUCCACAGUGGGGAAAAGCCUUAUAAGUGUGGUGAAUGUGGAAAGGCCUUCACCCACCGCUCCACUUUUGUCUUGCAUAACAGGAGCCACACUGGAGAAAAACCUUUUGUGUGCAAAGAAUGUGGCAAAGCCUUCCGCGAUAGGCCGGGUUUCAUUCGACACUACAUCAUCCAUAGUGGGGAGAAUCCCUAUGAGUGUUUUGAGUGUGGCAAGGUCUUCAAGCACAGGUCGUAUCUCAUGUGGCACCAGCAGACUCACACUGGGGAGAAGCCCUACGAGUGCAGUGAGUGUGGGAAGGCCUUUUGUGAGAGUGCGGCCCUGAUCCACCACUACGUCAUCCACACUGGGGAGAAGCCCUUCGAGUGCCUUGAGUGCGGGAAGGCCUUCAACCACAGGUCCUACCUCAAGAGGCACCAGCGCAUCCACACCGGAGAGAAGCCUUAUGUGUGCGGUGAAUGUGGGAAGGCCUUCACCCACUGCUCCACUUAUAUCUUGCAUAAAAGGGCCCACACUGGAGAAAAGCCCUUCGAGUGCAAAGAAUGUGGGAAAGCCUUUAGUAACAGGGCAGACCUUAUUCGCCACUUUAGCAUCCACACUGGAGAGAAGCCCUAUGAGUGCAUGGAGUGUGGGAAGGCCUUCAAUCGCAGGUCAGGCCUCACAAGGCACCAGCGGAUUCACAGUGGGGAGAAGCCCUAUGAGUGCAUCGAGUGUGGGAAGACCUUCUGCUGGAGCACAAACCUCAUCCGACACUCCAUCAUCCACACUGGAGAGAAGCCCUAUGAGUGCAGUGAGUGUGGAAAGGCCUUCAGCCGCAGCUCCUCCCUCACUCACCAUCAAAGGAUGCACACUGGGAGGAACCCCGUCAGCGUGGCAGAGGAGGGGCCCCCUUUCACAAGUGCUCACACCUCUGUUGACAUUCAGGAGCUUCUAUUGGGGGAUGACUUUUUGAAUGUAACAGCUGAGGAAAACCUUUUAGAAGAGGAAGCAUCCUACAUGGCAUCUGAUCAUUCAUACCAAAGAGAAACCCCACAAGUGUCUUCACUAUAAGAGAACCUUAUUUGUUAUAUGAAGCCUCGUUAGAAAUUGGCCCAGCUUACAUUAUUCUCCAUCUGAGAAUUCAUCCAGGAGAAAGACACAGAAGUUGUUUUGCACUUAGAACUACUUUCAGCAUCUCAUUUACAGUGCAAUGUUAUCUCAGGAAUGUUCAUAAAAAGGAGGUGACAUAAAGUCAAACACAGGCACUGCAGCUUUCACACACCCUCUCAGUCUACAGGACUUGUUCAUGGACUUCUUAGUUUAUUUGGGUGGAGAGGGUUCUGGUUUAGGAGGCAAAGGACCUUGACUAUUUGUCUUGUAUAUGCAUUUAGUGCUGUCCAGUGUCGAGAGUUAGAAAGUUGAGGGCAAGUCUAGAAACUUUCUUGUUCUACAACAUUGUCUCUGUUCUGUGGAGCAUACAUUUUUUAAGAUAAAUAGGGUGUGAGUAUGAAAUACUUUUAUAUUUAAGGGAAUGAGGAAACAUGUUUUUGUGUUUGUAUGUGUAGUGCUGGGAAUUGAACCCAGGUCCUGGAGCAUGCUAAGCAUGCAGUAUACCACUGAGUACACCCAGCCCCAGGCUAUACAAAUGAAUGGACACUUUCUUAUCGCACCACAUAAGACUGGCAAACUCUCUUUAAUGUGGUUCCAAACACCAUUCAGAAUUUUUUAAAAAUUUAUUUAUUUAAUUAAUUUUUUAUUUGUUCUAAUUAGUUAUACAUGAUAGUGCAUUUAUGCAUUUUGAUAAAUCAUACAGAA